AUGGAGAUCUUUCGCAAGGUGGAGCGAGGCAUCGACGCCAUCUUCGGUGAUGAGCGUCACGCUCACACGCACAUGGGCCACCAGUGCCACGAGCACCAUCCUGUCAGUCAUGCCGAGAACAGAUUUCAGUCUUUUGCUCCUCAGAGCACCGGCAACGCCAAGUGGUAUGUCGACGGGUGCUCCUACUUCUGGGCUGUCUCCGAAGCCAUUGAGCAGGCCCGUGAGAGCAUCUACAUCCUCGACUGGUGGCUGAGUCCCGAGCUCUAUCUGCGUCGUCCUCCCUCCCAGAAUGAGCGUUACCGUCUCGACAACAUGCUCAAGGCCGCCGCCGAGAGGGGUGUCAAGGUUAACAUCAUUGUGUACAAAGAGGUCGAAGCCGCCUUGACACUCAAGUCUUCUCACACAAGGAAUUACCUAGAAAGCCUUCAUCCCAACAUUCGCGUGUUUCGGCACCCUGACCAUGUCCCGACGGGCUACGAUUUUGAGGCUGAGCUGCGCCAGAACUUCUCCAACAUGAGCAUCAACACCUUCUCUUUAUCCAAGGCCUCUGGCGACGCCAUCAAGGCCAUCUACGGUACUGCCUCCGACGGUGUCACCCUAUUUUGGGCUCACCACGAGAAACUGUGCCUAAUUGACGGAAAGGUCGCCUUCAUGGGAGGUCUCGAUAUGUGCUUUGGAAGAUGGGACACCAACAGUCACCCUAUCGCGGAUGCCCACCCAGGCAACCUGGAUGCCAUCGUCUUCCCCGGCCAGGAUUACAACAACGCUCGCGUCUACGACUUUGCCGACGUCGACAACUGGGAGCAGAACAAGCUUGACCGUACCAAGAGCUCCAGAAUGGGCUGGUCUGACAUCAGCAUCAGCUUGAACGGUGCCAUCGUCCAGCACUUGGCGGAUCACUUUGUCGACAGAUGGAACUACAUCUACGGCGAAAAGUACAGCAUCAAGAACCCUGGCAAGUACCAGGCUCUGGGAGGCGCCACUGGCGACGCCGAGGCUGGACGGAUUGCCGAGAAUGAAACGGAGAGCGGCGGCCUGUUUGGCGGCGGCCACUCCAGCCACCUAUUUGGCGACCUCUCGGAGCGCUUCAACCGCGGCAUGAGCCGGCUGAUGGUCGAGGACGAGCAGGACAACGGACCUGUUAGAAGAGUUGACCGCGACGAUCGCGCGGCCAAAAUCCAGCUUACCCGAAGCUGCACCAAGUGGUCCUCGGGCCACGACACUGAGCACUCCAUCGCAAAUGCCUACAUCGAAGCCAUCACCAACGCUCGGCACUUUUUCUUCAUCACGGCCACCAGCAACGAGCAGCACCCCGUCUCCAACAAGAUCGGCCGCGCUAUGGUGGACCGCAUCAUCCGCGCCGACCGCGAGGGUGAGGACUUCAAGAUCGUCGUCGCGAUGCCUGCGGUCCCGGCCUUCGCCGGCGACCUCAAGUCCGACGACGCCCUUGGCACACGUGCCAUCAUGGAGUUCCAGUACAACUCCAUCUCGCGCGGCGGCCACUCCAUAAUGGAGACCCUCCGCUCUGAGGGCGGCAUCCAGGACCCAGGCCGCUACAUUCGCUUCUACAACCUCCGCAACUACGACCGCAUCAACACCUCCUCCACCAUGGCCGAUGCCGAGCAGCGCUCCGGCGUCCGCUACGAGGACGCGCGCCGCGAGCACGACGACGUUGUCGGUGCCGGCUACGGCGGCCGCGGCGAGGAGACGGGCGCCCGCUGGGGUGAGCGCAACUCCCAGUACGAGCGCUACCAGGAGGCCGCCUCCCGCGUCUCGGACCAGACCUGGGACACCGUGUCGGCGUGCUACAUGGACUCGGGCCCGGACCUGCACAGCGUCCCCUGGAACGGCGAGCCCGAGGCCGAGAUUGACGCCUUUGUCAGCGAGGAGCUGUACAUCCACUCCAAGCUCCUCAUCGCCGACGACAGCCUCGUCAUCUGCGGCUCGGCCAACCUCAACGACCGCUCGCAGCUCGGCACGCACGACUCGGAGAUCGCCGUCGUCAUCGAGGAUCCCACCCCGGUCGAGUCCGAGAUGGCAGGCCGCCCCUUCAGGGCCUCCAAGUUCGCCACCUCGCUCCGCCGACAGAUCUUCCGCAAACACCUCGGCCUCCUCCCCGACCAACGCUGCGACCAGCCCAACAGCAACUGGACGUCAGUAGAGCGCGGCCCCAACGAUUACGACUGGGACUCCCCCGCCGACCGCCUCGUGCGGGACCCCAUGUCGCGCGAGUUCUGGGACCUGUGGGAGAGCACGGCGCGCACAAACACUGAGGUCUUCUCCAAGGUCUUCCACAACGUGCCCAACGACCACGUCCGCACCUGGAAGGACUACGACGAGUUCUUCAGCAAGCACUUCAUCAUCCCCGGCGCUAAGGAUCAGGAGGACACGAGCGGCAAGGUCGAGUACGGCCAUGUCGUCAAGGACGAGUUCCCCGGCGGCGUACGCGAGGUCAAGGACUGGCUCAACCGCGUGCGUGGCACCCUCGUCGAGAUGCCCCUCGACUUCCUCGUCGACGUUGACGACAUUGCCAAGGACGGCCUGUCCCUCAACAGCUUCACGGAUGAAAUCUACACGUAG